AUGGGGGAAAUCAUUUUGCCACGGCGCAUGUUCCUCUGGUGCAUGGCUGUCAUCUAUCUGAAUGCAUUUGUUUCGCUCUACGUGCAAAUACCAGGUCUCUAUGGCAACGAGGGUCUACUCCCCGCCCGUAGGCAGCUGCGCUACAGCGGUAAGCCUUUGGGUGAGCAGCUGCUGGCCUCGCCCACCCUGCUGUGGCUGGGCCCCCACCUGGGCUUGGACACGCAUACGGCCAUGGAGCUGCUUUGCCUGCUGGGGGCGGCACUCAGCCUGGCUGCCGUGCUAGUGGGGGCAUUGAGGGAUAGCAUGGUUUUCUUCUGUCUCUGGUUCAUGUACUUGUCCAUGUACCAGGUUGGGCAGGUGUUCCUCUACUUCCAAUGGGACAACCUGCUUCUGGAGACUGGCUUUCUCUGCAUCCUCGUGGCUCCAAUGACUCUCAUCCGGGGCUCUCGGGGAGUCCGCGAACACGAUCGCAUCACAUUUUGGCUUGUCCGAUGGUUGCUCUUCCGCCUCAUGUUUGCCUCUGGAGUUGUGAAGCUCACCUCACGCUGUCCGACUUGGUGGGGCUUAACUGCAAUGACAUACCACUACGAAACCCAGUGCAUCCCAACCCCUCUGGCCUGGUUUACCCACCAGUCGCCUGUUUGGUGGCAGAAGCUGAGCGUGGUGGGCGCCUUCACUAUUGAGAUUGCUGUGCCACCGCUUUUCUUCAGUCCUCUACGCAGGCUCCGACUCUUUGCUUUCUACUCGCAAGUGCUGCUGCAAGUGUUGAUCAUUUUGUCAGGCAAUUAUAACUUCUUUAACCUGCUGACCAUGGCUCUUUGUUUGUCUUUGCUGGACGACCGACACAUACGCUUCUGGCUGCGCUCGGCAGAACAAACUGAACACAAAGAGUCCAAGCUGUGGUCCUGGCUGUGUUACAUAUUGGAGCUGGUCAUCCUGUCCCUGCUAAUUUUUGGCACAAUCAUAUGUUUCAACCUGAACGUGGAUACGACGACAAGAGCUAUUUCUUCCAAGAUAGCAUUCACCUACCACCAUUUCAACCAGUUUCUAAAGGGUGUCACUUUCCCAUUGGUAUGGGUCGGGGUUCUCUCCCUUACCUGGGAAAUGCUUUCAGCCAUGUACAGGUGUGCAUGUGUCUCUGGUUUCCUGAGGAGAUUUUGGUCCACGCUUCAGUGGACAGUGUUUGCUGCUGCUGCAGCCACCAUGUUCACCAUCAGUCUGGUGCCAUUUACCUACAUAGAAUAUGACACCAAUGCCAAGCUCUGGCCCGGCGUGCGUCAAGCGUACAGUCUCGUGGAUCGUUACCAGCUGGUUAACUCAUACGGGUUGUUCCGAAGGAUGACAGGAGUGGGCGGCCGUCCUGAAGUUGUUAUAGAGGGGAGUAAUGAUGGCGUCACUUGGACGGAAAUUGACUUUAUGUACAAACCUGGCAACAUGAGUACUCCUCCCCCAGUGGUGACACCCCACCAGCCCCGCUUGGACUGGCAGAUGUGGUUUGCUGCUCUUGGAAGUCACACGCAGGCGCCGUGGUUCACAAGCCUUAUGUACCGACUGCUACAGGGCAAGAUGGACGUCAUCAGGCUGGUCCAGACGGACAUCACACGUUACCCAUUCCAUCAGCAGCCUCCGACGUACCUGCGAGCCCACCGCUACAAAUACUGGUUUACUCACCCCAAAGAGGACGGAUCCUAUCCACAACGCUGGUGGAGGAGGGUCUACAAUGAAGAAUUUUAUCCUCUAGUUCAUCUGGGCCACCCGUUCCUUGAGAGUAUGCUGGAACAACAUGGACUCAAGGACAAGUCAGCUCCACGCCGGCAGCCCAAUUCAGCCGUGGCCCAUGCAGUGAGGUGGGUGCGUGCCCAGGUCACGGGCGUCCCCGCUCCUGUGCUUAUCUGGACCCUGAUCGGGUGCAGCGCCACCUUGUGCUUGCUGCUGGCAUUGCCCAGAAGACAAAAACACUUAAUGGACAUUUCUGAUCAAAAAGACGCUCUGCCAGAUGCAAAAAGGACAGAUGAUGAGGAUAUUGAUAAACAUGAGAAAGAUGAGGAUCAUGAGGGUGAAGAAGAUGUAAAGGAGGGAGAAGUGGAGGAGGGUGAUAAGAAAGAUGAGGAGGAUGUCACCAAUGAUGUAGUAGAUGAGGAUGCGGAAGGUGCCGAAAAAAAAGGACAGUGA